UCAUCCAUCAUCAUCAUCAUCUUCAUAAAAAGAUUCAUUCAAAAACAACAACAACAACAAUGAAAAACAUUAUUUCAACCAACAUUACUUAUCAUUUUAUAUUAAUAUUCACUUUAUUAUUGUUAAUAGGAUUAACCGAAUCAAAGCAUCAUAGACGAUUUAGUUGUUCAGCACAACAAACCGAAAGAUGUCCAAUACAUAAACAUAAAAUCUGUGGAUCUGAUGGUAAAUUAUAUCCAUCACGUUGUCAUUUAAGACGUGCUGCGUGUGAUACAAACACAUUGAUUCGACCAGCUCAUCCUGAUCAAUGUUUAAAGGAUGAAGAAAAUGAUAAUAAUAACAAUAACAUAAACGAUAACGAUGAUGGUAAUGAUAAAAUUUUUCAAUUAAAUCAAGAAGAUAACAGAGAUUCAAAUGAUGUUUUAUCAUCAUCAUCAUCAUCAUUGUCGAUCAAUAAUAAAAAAGAGCUAUCAACUUUACCAUUUGCUACAACAAAGAGUAGCAGUACAUUAUAUAAUAAUAUUAUUGAAGAUUCAUCGAUUAAUUCAAAUUCAAAUCAUCAACCAAAUCAUAAUCAUAAUGAUGAUAAUGAUAAUAACAACAACAAAAAUGCUGAUGAAGAUGAUGAUAACAAUGAUAAUGAUGAUGAUGAUGAUGAUAAUGUUGAAUGUCGACCUAAACAAUAUGAUCUAAUGAAGGAAAAAGUAUUGGAAAAAAUAAAUGAUGUAUCAUUGUUAUUUACACGAUUGGAUGAAAAUUCGGAUGGCCAAAUUACAUUGAAUGAAUUAUGGAAACAUUCAAUGAUUUAUAAGUCACCCGAUUCUGUAUGUCUUCUUACCGACUUAAUGCAACAUGAAGAUAUUGAUGAUGAUGAUAAACUUGAUUAUACAGAAUUUCAAGCUGCAUUUAAUAAAUUGUUUAGUGUAUCGAUGGUAACAUUGGAUGAAAGUUUAGCCAUCAAUAAGAUUGAAGCACAUUUAGGUGAUAAUGUUGAAAUUCGAUGCGAUAUAACUGGUGAACCACAAAAACCGGCUAUCAAAUGGUAUCGUCAUGGUGUUGAUUUAUCUACAUUAAAUCUACCAUACAUUAAGGUUUUCAAUGAUGGAUCACUUUAUCUAACGGAUUUGAAAUUAUCAUUUUCGGGUAAUUAUUCUUGUCAAGCGGUUAAUAAUCCAACAGUUAAACAAACACAUAUUGUCGAUGUAAUUGUUGAUCCAAUUGUUGAAGUAUCACCAAAAUUUCAAUGGACACCAAUCGGUGGUGUAGCUAGUUUUGAAUGUCGUUUUGAAACAUUUGAAGAUGAUUAUAUUGUACAUUGGUUUAAAAAUGAUGAACAAUUAAUUGAUGGACCAAAAGUAACCAUUAUAAAUAAUGGUACAUUAUUACAGGUAGCAGCAUUAGAACAGAUUGAUACAGGUGCAUAUACAUGUCGUAUAACACAUAAAAAUGGUGCAUUUGGACAAAGUGUUGCAUCAUUAUUAGUACAAGAUGAAUCAGUUGAAUCAUCCGCAGAUAUUUCUGAAUCACAUCCACAACGUUUAUGGAUUUUUCAUGCUAAUGGUUUAACUAUUUAUGAAGGAAUUUGUGGACAAACUAUUCAUGAAAUUGAUGCAAGAGAUAUAAUCUAUCAAAAUAGUUUAACACUUUGUGGUAAUGGUUAUAGCACCAGCAGCAGCAAUAAUAAUAAUAAUAAUAAUAAUGAUGAUAAUGAACAAACAAUAAUACAAUGCGAUUGGAGUGAAGAUAUUGUUCAAUUAAAUGGCUUAAUUUAUAUUGCUCAACCAAAUCUAAAUCGUAUAUUAGUUUUAAAUGAAUUACAAUUAUCAGUUGUAAAGGUAAUUGCCACUGAUCCUCAACCAAGACGCCUUCGUAUUGUUGAAUCAUCAUCAUCAUCAUCAUCCGAUUCACAGAUAUGGGUUCUUUGUGAUGGUAAUAAUAUUGAUAAUGAUGAUUAUAAUAAUUAUUAUGAUGAACAACGAUCAUCAUCAUCAAAAAUACCAAAAGAUUUGAUUGAAGCUGAAUGGAAAAAUGUUGGUGAUUAUCCUACCACUUCAUCAUUAUCAUCGUCGUCAUCAUCUUCAUCUGCUGGCAAUAAAUUUGAUUAUUUGAAUGAAAAAUAUCGAAAAAAUCGUAAAACUAUUCAAGUGAUUCGAUUAAUGCAUGAUGGUAGUUCAUCAUUAUCAUCAUCAUCGGCUAAACAAUCUUCAUCAUCAUCAUUUGAAUACAAUAAUAAUAAUAAUAGACAACCACAACCACAAUCACAAUCAUCAUCAUCAUCAAUAAUACAUGAUCAUAUCGAUGUCAUACAUCUACAACCGGUUGAUGGUCAUUUUGAUUUGGUUUAUGAUUUUUUUAUUCCUGAACAUUAUGAAUCAAUAUUCAAAAAUGAUUAUAAUAAAAAUAUGAAAAAAUUUAUGCAAAAUUCACCAUUUGCAUAUGCAACACAUUGGGAAGAACGAUCAUUGAUAAAAAUUUCGAUCAAUCAAUUGGAAUAUUUACAUUCGAUACGAUUGAAUGAUUGUCAACCAAUUGCCGUAUCAAUAAUAACAAGAAAAGCAGGUGGCUUAUUGGCUGUACAAUGUCAAACACCGAUCACACAUCAAUUGAAUGGGCAAUUAAUUUUAGAUCAAGUUACUGAUGCAAUAUUAAUACAUAAUUCACAUUUGAAUGCACAUAAAAGUUAUCUAUCGCCUGAUCAUCGUUAUUUAGUUAGUAUAUAUCAUGAUUUUGUUAAUUCAUCAUCAUCAUCAUCACAAUGUCAACAUGGAAGACGAUGUCAUAUGAUGGCAUCAAAAUAUAGUCAAAAAACCAAUACAGAAACAAUAAUAACAAAUACAAGUACAAUCAUUGUACAGAAGAUUAAUAAUAAUGGUAUUGAAUUUAUGUAUGAUGUUCGUACAUCAUUGGAUAUUGUAAAUUGUUUAUUUGUUUGGAAAAAUGGUAACUAUGAUCUAAUAUUAGCAUCGGGUACACCGAAUCGUGAAGAUCUAUUAUAUUUGUCAUUGAUCGAUGGUCAUGUAGAAUUAAUAUCCGGAAUUGGUAGACCAACUGAAGGAUAUUAUCGUGGAAUGGCAUUAUCGGAAAAAAAUCGUAUCCUAUCAAUCACUGCUACUGAAUCUGUUUUUACUGUAGAUUUGGUUACCAAUCGUAUACUAUGCGAAUCAAAUAAACAUUUUCAAAAACCUAAAACAUUGAUCUGGACAAACUAAAUUCAUCUAAAACUAAUAUAUUGAACAAAGUUUUUUUUCUCGUAAAAUCAUCUUUAGAUUUUUAAAAAAAAGUGUAAGAAAAAAAAUCGAUAAAUAUACAGCCCGAAAAUUCUGUU